CCGGCAUAUCGGUUUACUGCUGUUGAAGCAGAUGGCACAGAUAUACCACUGUAGCCAGAGGAACCAUAAACACAAAAUAAGCAAAGGUUCUUUUUACCCCCAUUGCCCUGAGCCAACCAGGUGAUAGCAAAGCAUCUUUCCCACAACAAACCACCUCUUACACAAACUGCAUCAGAUGAGAAGAUCGACGCUGCCUUGGACACAUCUCUGACUCAGACUCUGUGAUAUUUUACGAAAGAAUCAGAAUUUAUAGUCUACGUGAGCUAACCUUAUUUUGAAUUCAGACACAGCUGAUUUCUUGAAGGCUGCACAAUGGUUCAAGGUGUUUCAGAGAUAGCCGCAAUGUGCGUCGGCCUGAUCGGGCUGAUCGGGGCGGCGGCUACUACAGGGAUGCCCAUGUGGAAGGUGACAGCUUUCAUUGGGGAAAACAUAAUUGUGAUGGAAAGCCGCUGGGAGGGCUUGUGGAUGAACUGCUACAGACAGGCCAACAUCAGGAUGCAGUGUAAGGUCUAUGACUCCCUGCUGUUCCUGCCACCGGAUUUACAGGCAGCCAGAGGUCUGAUGUGCUGUUCUCUGGCCCUCUCGGGUCUGGGGCUCCUUGUGGCUCUGGCAGGAAUGCGGUGUACAUCCUGUAUUCAGGAUAAUGAGUGGGCUAAGACUAUCAUCCUGAUGGUUGCAGGUGGUAUGCAGUUUGCGGCCUGUAUCUGUGUCUUCAUCCCCGUGUCGUGGACAGGUCAUGUCAUCAUUAGAGAUUUUUAUAAUCCAUUGCUGAUUGAUGCCCAGAGGAGGGAGCUAGGAGAGGCUCUCUACAUCGGUUGGGUGACCGGCGCCUUCCUCUUUGCCUCUGCCAUGUUGUUUGUCUGCCGCCGUAUACCCUCAGAUAAAGGCUCAUUCGACGUGUACCACCAAGCCAACUUGCUCAGUUACAAGCCAGCACCCAGCAAGCCAUCUCUAAUGAGGUAUCAUCCCAUCUCAAGUAUUUCCAGCCAACAUUCUACAGCAUACCAUCCUUCUCUGCAGAGCAACGGCUAUGUUGGACAACACCUUGCAAUGCCACUGCAAAACAUCCCUCCUGUUGUCUAUAACCCGGGUCUGCCUGACAAUGCGUCACUGGUAUAUCAAGGUGGUAUGGCUCACCAUUCCUCAAUACGGAGUUCUCCCCAUGUUGGAAGCCUGUAUACGCCAGGCAACUCCUUUUACACAAGCCAAAACUCCACGCCAUAUUCACAGGCUUAUAUCGGCGAUCCUACUGCAUCUUACCAGUCCAGUUUUCAUCCGGUUCCACACACUCCUGUUUUCAUAGGAUAUAAAUCAUCAAGACUUCAACCAGGGUCUCUCGAGAGCCGUGCUGGUGUAUACAUAUAAAGAACAGAAAUUGUGAGUGAGUUUUUAUUGCUGGUUAAACGUUGAAGACACAAAGCACUAUGCUUUUCAUCACAACCAAAUUUAAAGUUCUGUGCACUUCUGUGUCGAGAUGAAGGUAAAAUGAUGUUUAUUCUGCUUGUAUUAGAAUUAUCCUGACGCCCAGAGUAAAUAGCAUGUUCAUCUUGUUUCUACUAUUUACACAAAAAACUAAAUAUGGGUUGUUUGAUCUGCUUUUGUUGUUAGUGUAAAUAAAGGUGUCAUGUGCUGUUUUAAUGAAGACCUGUUAAGGGCGUACUUUCACAAAAUAGAGAUUUAUGAGAAAUCAUCUGUUUGGAACAUCGUAGCCUUAUCUUUUGCAUAUUUGUAACCGUUUGUUUAUUAUAUUUUUAAAUGUUCUGUGGUUAUCAUUACUCGUGUUUCAAUGCAUUUUUUUUUUUUUAAAGUCUUUUUCUGUCAAGAUGUCUUUGUAACCACUCAAAUAGAAGCAGUGCUGAAGUAUAUGAUUAAACAACCUACUUGUAGAUAGUUAUAGUUUGUAUUAGCAAUGAUCAUUUUGAGUUACAAACGCUUAGUAAUUAGCAGGUGGAGUUCACUCAGCAACUUAGGGUUAGGAGUUAGUGGCUUUGAAGGGGCUUUU